GGAUUUUAGAGUAAAGGGGAAGUUUAGAAAUCUCUUAGCCCAACCGUCUCUUCUGAGAGAUAGGAAAACCAAACCCAGGUUAGCGGCUCCCGCGGUCACAGAAUCUGACUGGUCUCCACUGGUUGUACAAGGUGUCUCGAGUCCAGGACAACAAAUCCUGAUGAGCCCAUUAGACUCACAGCCUGGGGCUGUAGGAUGCUGUCCCUCGAGGCCGCCCCAACUGAGGUUCUGACUCAGGGUCGGCAGACCCUCUAUCCAUAGAGUCUGUGGGAAUAGAAGGUUUAUGAUGCAUGCUGACAGGGGCCUCUUUCCGGAGGCCAGAUACCAUCACUGCCUCUGUUUUAUGAAGAAAUCUAAGUGUCUUUCACAAUCUCUGCCCUGAGCUUUCUCAGAUGCUGCGUGUGAAUCAAAACCGAGUGGUUGUUAAUUAACUACACUACAGGUGAGGCACACACUCUGAAAGAAUGCCACGAUCCUUCCUGGUGAAGAGUAAGAAGGCACACACCUACCACCAGCCCCGAGCCCAGGACGACGACCUGGUCUGGCCUCCUGCUGUAAUUCCUGUGGUGAAAGAGCAUAUCAGGGUCAGUAGCCCUGUCCUUGGCACACUACUCCCAAGCCAGACCCUGGACUGGAACACAGUCAAAAAGGAGCAGGAGAUGUUGCUGGACCAGAGCCUGCCCAAGAUGGCCUCAGCUCCAGAAGGGCCUCUUGUGACAUCCCAAGCCCAGGAUGGGGAGUCUCCGGUCUCCGAGUCACCCCCUUUCUACAAGCCCAGCUUCUCUUGGGACACUCUGGCCUCCUCCUACAACCACAGCUACCAACAGGCGCCCUCCACCAUGCAGUCAGCUUUUCUGGAGCGCUCCGUGAGGCUGUACGGCAGUCCCCUCGUGCCCAGCACUGAGUCCCCCUUGGACUUCAGCCUCCGCUACUCUCCAGGCCUGGACACUUACCACUGUGUCAAGUGCAACAAGGUGUUCUCCACCCCUCACGGACUAGAAGUGCACGUGCGCCGCUCUCACAGCGGAACCCGACCCUUUGCCUGUGACGUCUGCGGCAAGACCUUCGGCCACGCUGUGAGCUUAGAGCAGCACACACACGUCCAUUCCCAGGCUGUCCCAGCCGGGUCCAGUCCUGCACCCAGCUUGGCUGUCCCGGGCCUCGAGGCCCCAGCUGCACCUGACCCCCCAGGACCUCGUUUCCUCCGGCAGGAGCGUAGCUUCGAGUGCCGGAUGUGUGGCAAAGCCUUCAAGCGCUCAUCCACCCUUUCUACCCACCUGCUCAUCCACUCGGACACUCGGCCCUACCCCUGCCAGUUCUGUGGGAAGCGCUUCCACCAGAAGUCAGACAUGAAGAAGCAUACUUACAUCCACACAGGCGAGAAGCCCCACAAGUGCCAGGUGUGCGGAAAGGCCUUCAGCCAGAGCUCCAACCUCAUCACCCACAGCCGCAAGCACACAGGCUUCAAGCCCUUCAGUUGUGAGCUGUGCACCAAGGGCUUCCAGCGCAAGGUGGACCUCCGCCGUCACCGUGAGAGCCAACACAACCUCAAAUGAGUCUGGCUGCCAGCCUGCUCCAGUGUCUCACCCGACGGUCAGCCUCACAUUCCGACCCUUCUCCUCCAUCCUCCUGGAAGCAGCACUGGCCAAGAGACUGCCGGCCUCUUUUGAGACUCAGGGAGUUGCCGGGUGACCUCAGGCAAGCCACAGGGUGUAGGAGUCAGCCAGGGCCUUCCUGAACUGGAGCAGUCACAGAUGCACUCUGUUCUUGUACCCUGCCAGAGCAUAAAAAGCUACAAGACCCUAGUGGACAAAACCGGGAUGCCAAGGCCAAACAAGAGCAGGGAUCCGCAGAGAAACCUUCCUGCCUGCUUCUCUGGGCCUGGGGACUUCGAAUUUUUUAAGGGUUCUCUUUCUGACUGCCACAGUCAGAGUUGCCACCUGCCUCGGCUGGAGAUCUGGCACACCACUUCUUUAGCCAGAUAUGCUGGCUGUCAUCCAUCCUGUCCCCACCCCACCCCCGCCUCCCCCCCCCAGCCCCCAACCCCGCCACAUUCAUCUGGGAGUCAGGUUCCCAGUCAAGCCACAAGGCUGGGAAAUGGGGAGUUGGUGUGUCAGAGACCUGCUCCUCUCGACUGAUGUAAAUAAAAAUGAACGUGGAACUGUUUA